GCGCAUUUCUUCCCUCUAUUUUUUUCACCAAAUAUUUUGAACAACACGUGGAAGAAUUUGCUUCCCUCUAUUCUCAAUUCUCACAUACAGUACCUUUCAAUUCCCUUUUUUCUCCAUUUUCCCCAUUGUCAAUUUCUCACCAUUUUCACAGUACCAUUUUCCCCAUCUUCUCAGAUCCUAUAGCUUCAAUUCUCCAAAAAUACUUAUAGAUUUUGAGACGAAAAUCACGAAAAAAAUACUCCAAAAUUCUUAGAGGAAAAUAAGCAAAGAAAAAACGAAGGCGGCACUCCGGCGGUGGUGGCUGAAAGCGGCAGUCAGGCGGUGGUGGCUGAUAGCGGCACAGGCGGUCUCAAUUUCAUCUUGCAUGUCCCUUCCUUGAGCUGAUUGAUCGAAAUUCGCUUCAAGAUGAAACGGAGUAGACCCAAAGUUGUUGCUUCCAAAAAUCAUCUUACAGAAUAUGGGCUGCAACGGCUUCAAAAACUAAAAUGCAAUGCAGAAAGAAUGGAAGCCCUAAGAUCGGCAUCUCUUGCUAAUAAGAUACUUUAAGACAAAACAAAAGCCUUAUUUUGUCCAAGUGCAAUGCAGAAUAGUACACCAAAAAAUGAGGAUGAUGACUCUACGUCAGAAUAUGAUGGUGAAAAUGAGGUUGAAACUGAUAACAUUAUGGCUGACAAUCUCACUUCUGGAAAAAGAAAAGCCAAUAAACAGGUUUCAAAGCAAGUAAAUAAAUCAUCACUUCGCCCCAAAACUAUGGCUGAUGUUGUGGAAGUGAAUAGCCGUAAGAAGCAUGCAGUUGAUGAAGUUCAGAACAUUCUCUCACUUAAGGUUUCUAGAGUUCAAGAUCAAUGCAUCCAAAAGAAGGAGCAAGUUAUCUCAGAAAAGAAGGGAUCAAAACGAGCGUUCUGUUCUCCUGGUUUCAUGUCAGCGUACCUCGAGUUCCGGAAAAAGCAAAAAGAAAAUAAUGAAGCGUUUGUAGCAAGUAAUCAGUCGUUGAAUGAUUCUCUUACAAGAAACACUAGGAUUUGUGGCGCUGCAUUUAAUGAGGAUGAUAAUGAUGAUGCGGAUGCACUAAGUGAGAAUGAUGAAGCGGAUGCCCUAAAUGAGAAUGAUGAUGAUGUUGGUGAUGAAUAUGAGGGUGAUCAAGAAUUAGAAGAUGAAGUUUUAUCUAACUAUGGAAGGGAAGGAAUGCAAGAAACAGAACCUGAAAAAGCUCCUAACAGAAAAAGGCAUCGAGGUCCAACAAUUCUACCCAAGGUUCAUGCACGAACAAGAGACGAGUGUGAAGUUAUUGUUUCACGGGAAAUUGUUCAGGAGUUCAAGCAAUUCUUGGGUACUGUGGCAAGGGAUUCUGAACUUGCACCACUAAAUUAUAUUAACUUUCCAAGUCUACCCACACUUGACAAAAUGUGGGAGUAUGUCCAAGCUAUCAAUGGAAGCUGGAAAGCUCAUAAAUGCUUUACUAAGAAGAAAUAUUUCUCUGCAUAUCCCACUGAUGCUUUACGAUUGUUUCAUAAGCCAGACACAAUUUUAGAACCUCAAUUUAGAGAGCUUUUGCAAUACUGGCAUUCUAAAGAGGCUGAUGUAUUAUGUAUAUGGUUUUGAGCUGUUUUUGUGCAAUAUUGACUUAGUUUCAUGACAAAAAAAGUCACUAUUUCAGUUUAUUGUUUUUAUGAUCGCCUUUGUUUUCAGGAGCUGUUUUUAAUAUAAUCAUGUUUGUGCUACUAUUUACUUUCAUAGCCUGAUAUAGAUUAUGUCUUGCUUGGGUUA